GCUGGACUCUGGCGGGGGGGAGGCGGCGACGGCCAUUUUGAGCUGCCGCCGCCAUUGGAGUAGCCCCCCCUCCCCUUUUCCCCCUUUUCCUCCUGACAGGAAAGGUUUAAGGGGGACAGAGCCUUGGCAGGCCGGGCCGGGCUCGGGGGCCGCCCCUGGGGCCCGGGCCAUGGAUGUACGCCGUCUGAAGGUGAACGAACUUCGCGAGGAGCUGCAGCGCCGCGGCCUGGACACUCGCGGCCUUAAGGCCGAGCUUGCUGAACGGCUGCAGGCUGCGCUGGAGGCCGAGGAGCCCGACGACGAGCGGGAGCUCGAGGCCGACGACGAACCGGGGCCACCUGGGCACCACGAGGAGGAGGUCGAGACCGAGGGGGGCUCCGAGCUGGAGGGGACCUCGCAGCCACCGCCGCCCGGGCUGCAGCCGCACCCGGAGCCCGGCGGCUACUCGGGGCCGGACGGACAUUAUGUCAUGGAUGAUAUUACCAGGCAGAACCAGUUCUAUGAGCCCCAGGUCAUCAAGCAAGAGAACGAGGCUGAGUACGAGAGGCGCGCUCUAGACACGGAGCCGCAGCAGCAGUCCUGCCGCCCAGAAGGAAAGACAGAGAUGAAGCAAGAGGGACCCCCAGGCUUCCUCCCGCCCGAAGCUUCUCAGCUCAAACCAGACAGACAGCAGUUCCAGAGUCGCAAGAGGCCUUAUGAAGACAACCGGGGCCGGGGCUACUUUGAGCACCGAGAGGACCGGAGGGGUCGCUCUCCUCAGCCUCCUGCCGAAGAGGACGAAGAUGACUUUGAUGACACUCUUGUUGCCAUCGACACAUAUAACUGCGACCUCCACUUCAAGGUGGCCCGAGAUAGGAGUAGUGGCUAUCCACUCACAAUCGAGGGCUUCGCGUACCUGUGGUCAGGAGCCCGUGCCAGCUACGGGGUCCGCAGGGGCCGUGUGUGCUUCGAGAUGAAGAUCAACGAGGAAAUCUCCGUCAAGCACCUUCCAUCCACAGAGCCUGACCCCCAUGUGGUUCGCAUCGGCUGGUCCCUGGAUUCCUGCAGCACCCAGCUAGGCGAAGAACCUUUCUCCUACGGCUAUGGCGGCACUGGGAAGAAGUCCACCAACAGUCGCUUUGAAAACUAUGGGGACAAGUUUGCAGAGAACGAUGUGAUUGGCUGCUUUGCGGACUUCGAAUGUGGAAAUGAUGUGGAGCUUUCCUUCACCAAAAAUGGGAAGUGGAUGGGCAUUGCCUUCCGAAUCCAGAAGGAGGCCCUGGCGGGUCAGGCCCUCUACCCUCAUGUCCUGGUGAAGAAUUGUGCCGUGGAGUUCAACUUUGGGCAGAGGGCAGAGCCCUACUGUUCGGUCCUCCCAGGAUUCACCUUCAUCCAGCACCUGCCCCUCGGCGAGCGGAUCCGCGGCACUGUCGGACCAAAGAGCAAGGCCGAGUGUGAGAUUCUGAUGAUGGUGGGCCUGCCUGCUGCCGGCAAGACCACGUGGGCCAUCAAGCACGCGGCCUCCAAUCCUUCCAAGAAGUACAACAUCCUGGGUACCAAUGCCAUCAUGGAUAAGAUGCGAGUGAUGGGCCUGCGCCGGCAGCGGAACUACGCCGGCCGCUGGGACGUGCUGAUCCAGCAGGCCACCCAGUGCCUCAACCGCCUCAUCCAGAUUGCUGCCCGCAAGAAACGCAACUAUAUCCUAGACCAGACAAAUGUUUAUGGAUCGGCCCAGAGAAGAAAAAUGAGACCAUUUGAAGGCUUCCAGCGCAAAGCCAUUGUGAUUUGUCCCACUGACGAGGACCUGAAAGACCGAACCAUAAAGCGGACCGACGAGGAAGGGAAGGAUGUCCCGGAUCAUGCGGUCCUAGAGAUGAAAGCCAACUUCACCUUGCCGGAUGUCGGGGACUUCCUGGAUGAGGUUCUGUUCAUCGAGCUGCAGCGGGAGGAAGCUGACAAGCUGGUGAGGCAGUACAACGAGGAGGGCCGCAAGGCUGGACCGCCCCCCGAGAAGCGCUUUGACAACCGAGGUGGCGGUGGCUUCCGGGGCCGAGGGGGUGGUGGCGGCUUCCAGCGCUAUGACAACCGAGGUCCCCCUGGCGGCAACCGAGGAGGCUUCCAGAAUCGAGGUGGAGGCAGCGGUGGAGGAGGCAACUACCGCGGAGGUUUCAACCGCAGCGGAGGUGGUGGCUACAACCAGAACCGCUGGGGUAACAACAGCCGGGAUAACAACAACUCCAACAAUCGAGGCAGCUACAACCGGGCCCCCCAACAACAGCCACCGCCGCAGCAGCCGCCACCCCCACAGCCGCCCCCCCAGCAGCCGCCGCCACCUCCCAGCUACAGCCCUGCUCGGAACCCCCCAGUGGCCAGCAGCUACAGCAAGAGCAGCAGUGUCCCUGGCUCCAGCGCCAAUACCAGCACCCCCACUGUCAGCAGCUACAGCCCUCCACAGCCGAGCUACAGCCAGCCACCCUAUAGCCAGGGAGGCUACAGCCAGGGCUACACCGCCCCACCACCUCCACCACCACCGCCACCUGCCUACAACUAUGGGAGCUACGGGGGCUACAGUCCGGCCCCCUACACCCCGCCACCGCCCCCAACUGCACAAACCUACCCCCAGCCCAGCUAUAACCAGUAUCAGCAGUACGCCCAGCAGUGGAACCAGUACUAUCAGAGCCAGAGCCCGUGGCCACCCUACUACGGGAACUACGACUACGGGAGCUACUCUGGGAGCAGCCAGGGAGGCGCCAGCGCUCAGUAGCAAGCGCUCAGUAGCAGGCCUGUCCCUGAGGCCGCAGAGGCCCCCAUGGCUUCCUCCACCAGCGCCACCUGGGCCCUGCACCCUGACGCCUCCUGGCUCCUCCAGGGCCGCCUCUGGCGGGGCCCUCCCCUGCGCAGGGCCGGGCAUUUUUCUCUGGAUUCAAACAGGCAACAGUACCUUUUACUUUGUUUGUCCCCUACCUCCCGCCUCUCCUCCGCUUCCUCCUGCCGCCUUUUUGAUGGAAGACUUCCCCCAGGACUCCCCUCCCCUUGGUCAGCAGCGAGGCCGGGGUGCGGGGGAGGCCCCUCCUGGCCCCCACUCACCCGCCCCGCCCCUGGGCCUCCCAGGCCCUCCUGCAGUUGGUUGUAAACUCUUCCAGGAGCUGUUUUACUGUCUACUUUUCAGGAUUAAAAAAAUCAAAAACUUAAAAAAAAAAGUUUAAAAAGCAAAAUACGGAGGGAGGAAGCAGUGACCUAUUUUUUUGGUAAUUAUGCUUUUUUUAAUGUUUAGAAUCUGUCCGUUUUUACUGGGGGGCGGCCGCUGACAUUUCAUCGAGGUGACCCUUCCUUGGCCGAGGAAGAGCCGCACCCUCCACACACACCCCCAAACCGCAGGAUCAUCUUUAACCCGACUUUUUAUACGACGUCUCAGUCCCCGUAACUGUGCACACGAGCUUCUGUGUUCAGUUGAAUUGUAACUGCUUUUUGUAUUUGGAGAGAGUGUGACUAUUGAACUUGAAACCUUUUA